GUGUAGCGUGCACCCGUUUACUCUCCUCUCUCUCUCCUCUUCCUCUUCCGUGUUUCGUAAGAACGAAAGCCAUCGUGGAUGAGAUAUAGAAGAAGAGACAAGAAUCUCUGAUAACUUUGCUUGUCCCAUUCCUUUCGUUUUACGGUAGGAGAGGAAAUUAGAAAUGAGAGAGAGAAAGCAAGAGAGAAAAUGAGUAGAGAGAGAAACAGAGAUAAGGGGAAUAAAUACUGAAAAGACAAACAUUGUUAAUGAUGAACUGAUAACAAAUUCAUGAAAUGUUGAUAUCAAAAUCCCAAAGAUAAUGAUAAGACCCAAAGUGCCCGUUGUUAGUAUAUCUAAAACAAAAAAAACAAAAUAAUAUCAGUGCCAUGCGAACUUCGAGCAAGAGUGGCACUUAGAAAUGCCUUCUAACAUUAAAGAAUCAAGAUACAGCCUUGAUAUCAACUGCGUGUAAUAAUGUGGCACUCUUAGAAUUGUAAUCUGACUUUAGUGCCUCAAUACCACAAGCAGCAGUGACAGAAACGAACAACGAGUAACAGAAGCAGUGUCGAACGAAAGAUGAAACAGUGACAGGAAGAGUAAAGUCGCACAAUACAAAAAAAAGAGAAAUAUCACUGCAAUUUGGUAUCACCUUCGCUACAUUAAAUCCGAAUAGAAACAAUAAUAUCGAGAAAAUGAAGAAAUGUCUCUUCUUCGCGAUUAUAUUUGGUUUUCUGUUCAUCCGUCUCGAGGCAAAACACGAUUCGGGUCCUGAGCAGGACGACGCCCGCGCCCAAGAACAGGACUGGGCGUGCAGUCGCAUGGGAGGGGUCUGCGUCCGCGUAACAAGUGACAGUGAAAGAUUCGCUGAUUGCGUUAGUUUGCCCAACGGCCGCUGCCCUCUGAACUGGCGCUGCUGUCGCCCGCCUGUGCAGCGUGCAUACGAGCGGAAGAGAAGGGGUCGCGAUAAAGACCAAAGACGGACACAGAAUGAAGAAGAAAAACAUGAAGUUACUAAUCUGGAUGAAGAAGAAGAAGAAGGAGAACAAGAGACACCGAAUAAAAGAGGAAGCCCUGGCAGCGUCGGCUUAGCUGUUUUAUACAAUGGUAUAGCGAGUCCUGCGAGAAAAGAGAAGUCAUCCCUUCAAAGUCUCAAAGAAAACGGAAGCAAGAAAGAAAGAGUGGGAAGAAUCGGAAAGAAUUUUAUGACUAGAAGACAGACUGAGAAAGAGACAAGAAUUGAUAGAACUAAACAAAGAAUCAAAAGACAGGCAAAAGACAAUAGAGAGAGGAAGAAGAAGUUGAGGAAGAAGAAGAAGAAGAAGAAGAAGAAGAAGAAGAAGAAGAAGAAGAAGAAAAAGAAAGGAGGCAACUCUACAAACAAAGAUGUAGAAGAUAACAAAAAGAAGAAAAUAAAACAAACAAGCAAAGGAAAUAAUAAGAAAAAUCCAGAAACUAAAGGCAAGUUAAAGAAGAGGAAGAAGAAGAAGAAAAAGAAGAAGGAUGAUGAAGAGGAAAAUAAGAAAGAUAAUAACAAGAAAAAGAACAAGAAGGAUGACGAAGAGAAAAAUAAGAAAAAUAAUAACAAGAAAAAGAAAAAGAAAAAGAAGAAAAAGAACGAAAACGAGAAAGAAAAGACCCAAAAUGAAAACAAGAAGGAGAAAAAGAAGAAGAAAAAGAAGAAGAAAAAACAGAACGCGGAGAGCAAAGAGAGUAAGAGAGACGUAACGAAGCUCGAGAGAUGCCAACAAGGGAAAAAGUGCUCGUCGUUGGGAGGAACUUGUACCAGCGAUACCAAGAGCUGUUCGAGGAUGGUGAUGAAGUACUGCGUCGGCGGAGGGUGCGGGUGCUGCCUCUCGGGUUGUGCGGCCAGUUUCAAGAAGAAAUGCGGGAAGUACCACGGUUACUGCGCCAAGUCCUGCAGAGAGGGAGAACGCAUCAUAGAAAAGGGAUGUUCAGGGAAAACUUGCGUAUGUUGCGCGCCACCUUGUAUGUUGCAACUCAAAUGCCAAUCGUACGGAGGGAAAUGUUCGCAAAGUUGCCAGGCGAACGAAAGGAAGAUCAUACUAGGAUGCAAAAACCAAAAUAAGAAAUGCAGAUGUUGCGCCCCUGCUUGCAACAUCACCAAGUCGUGCCUGACGGCUGGCGGAUACUGUGUCUCCAAAGUGUCAAAAUGCAAAGGAUAUGUAAACGCGGAAGGGUGUAUCGGCGACAGAUGCAUGUGCUGCUUGCCAGAUAAAGGCUCGGCACAACUAGUAGAAAGCGCCACGCAGACCGACAUUAUCAGUGACCACGAGCUCGCUCCGUUGUACCGUGCGCUUGAAGCCUCCAAGAAAGUCGUCGCUUCUGCCAGGAGAACCCUGAUGGACCUCGAGAAAGUCAUGAGUGCGGCCAGGGAGGAGCCGGAGAGUUCUCCCAAAGUGGGCUUCGCGGUCGAGAAGCUAGAGUCCCUCGAGGAAGCCGUGAAGAGAAGGAACUGGCUCCUCGUCACCAAGUCUUCGCUCGAGGUGGCCGACGCCCUGCCCGACGUAGCAGCAGUCACCCACAUGCUGAGCCAGAGCUGCGUCCUUGUCACUGGGUCCAAACUGCCGUACGUCGUGUCCGAAGCCCAGCUCAAGGCACUCAGGAUUUCCAUCAGCAUUCGAAAUCAGCUGCAAGAUAUUAGUGAAAAGAUGGACGAUUCCUUCAAGAUCAGUAGCAGUAACGAAGAAACAAAAACUAACAUGAUUACGUUAACGACCCUGCCGUACAAGUCCUCCUCAAAGACCUAUAGUUCCACGAAAACUAACCAUAUUUCAAAUACCCCAAUGUCUAAUGAUAAGACGACGGAAAACGCCUCUACAAGCAAUCAGAAUAAUGCAGUCAAUAAGACCAUAAGCAUUACAACAGCCAGUAGCGAGAAGACGUCCACGCCAGGCGCCGAAACGACGACCAGUAGUCAUAUCACGUCUACUUCGAUCGUCAACGAUAUAUCGAAAGCAGAUAGUACUUCCAUCCUGAACUUCGAAAACACAACAGCUACUCACAUAUCAAGCACAGUCUCCAACAUUAGCAAUAGUCCCACAUCUACCAUGGCUACCUCAGAUGCCAACACCUCAAUGCCCUUUGCGACUCCAAAUAACGUUCUAACGUCCGUUUUGUCAACUUCCACAGAAGUUAGUUCGUCACUGAAUAGCAUUUCAGAAACCCAAAGCGUGAUACCCACCACUGCUACUAAGGCACCUACCACACAUGAUGCUUUGAAUACUUCAUCAACGACAAAAUUACACCAACCUAACGGCACAUCAGAAACUAAUUCCCCAGUUACACAAACUAUAGUUAAUUCGAAUAAUUCAUCAACUCCAAGCUCCACGACAGUACAAACAAUAAUGACGCUUUUGUUAAAUUCUUCAACCACACACCAUCUAAAUGAAAAUGGUAACGUAUCAGAAACAAGCACAUUAACCACUGCAGCCAACACAGGAAAUACUACUGCUAUUACUAUUAGUAUGCAAAAUAAUGAGACCGAGCAAGCUACUACAACCAUGCGAUCUGUAAGCUCAAAUGAGGAUAUCACAAAUGCAAACUUAAACAUACAAACACCCCAUACCAAUCAAUCAGUCACACAACCAACAAUCGAAACUAGCGAUUCAUCAAACAAGACUAUUUCUGCAAUUACAACACCCAGGCCUUCGCAGACCGGCCGACCAUCUGACCUAACAGAGAAUCUGACACAAGCCUUCGCCAACAUCAUCGCUGACGUUGCCAAAGACGUACUUAACGACGCCGUGUCAGAGGCGGGCGACAGGCUGAUGAAAUUCCUUCAGGACACGGCAGACAAGUUCCUGGAGAUGGUCAAAGACGGGGGAAUAAUCUGCAAGAAUGUAUGGAACGAGACGAAUGAAGGGGAAGACGGAAUAACACCUGUCAUGAGCAACGUAACUAAUUCGGUAAUUCUCACUUCAAGUGGUAACACCAAUAGCAGCCUAAACGCUACAACUACUUCUCCAACUGAUUCAACACUGAACUCUUCCCUGUCUUUUAACAGAACAACAGAGCAAUUAUCAAAUAAGACCACAGAAGAACUUCCAUCUAUGAACACAACGAAGACCCCUUUUCUGAAUACCACCACGAAUAAGCACUCUGUCCUAGUUACCACAGGGACUCCUCUCCGCCUUAACGAAACUACGACGGAAAACACAACUGUGGGGACUCCCAUACUACACAAUAGUACGACCACAAUACUAAAUAAUAUGACAGCGGAGUCUACUUUGAUGGGCAACGUUACAGUGAAGCCUCCCUUUGUGAACAGUACUACAGGUGUGAGUCUCACAGUGAACAAAACGACUGUAAUGACUCCAUUGCCGAACAAUACAACAAUGGUGGCUCCUUUGUUGAAUGAUACCACAUUGGUAAGUCCUCUGCUGAACAAUACCACAGAAAGUAGUACGAUAUUGAUGACUGCUUUGCCGAACAAUACCAUAGUGGCGACUACGGUGCUGAUGAAUACCACAUUGUUAAUGAAUAAUACCAGACUCUCAAGUGCUUGGCUGAACAAUACCACAGUGGCGACUCCUUUGCUAAACAACACCGCAGUGUUGAACAAUUCGACAGUGACUCCUUUGCUGAACAACACAGUUAUGAACAAUGCGACAGUGACUCCUUUGCUGAACAACGCCACAGUUAUGAACAAUACGACAGAGAUUCCUUUGCUGAACAACACAGUUAUGCACAAUACGACAGUAACUCCUUUGCUGAACAACGCCACAGUUAUGAACAAUACAACAGUGACUCCUUUGAUGAACAACGCCACAGUUAUGAACAAUACGACAGUGACUCCUUUGCUGAACAACGCCACAGUUAUGAACAAUACGACAGUGACUCCUUUGAUGAACAACACAGUUAUGAACAAUGCGACAGUGACUACUUUGCUGAACAACGCCACAAUUAUGAACAAUGCGACGGAGACUCCUUUGAUGAACAACACAGUUAUGCACAAUACGACAGUAACUCCUUUGCUGAACAACGCCACAGUUAUGAACAAUACAACAGUGAAUCCUUUGAUGAACAACGCCACAGUUAUGAACAAUACGACAGUGACUCCUUUGAUGAACAACGCCAUAGUUAUGAACAAAACAACAGUGACUCCUUUGAUGAACAACGCCACAGUUAUGAACAAUACGACAGUGACUCCUUUGAUGAACAACGCCACAGUUAUGAACAAUACAACAGUGACUCCUUUGAUGAACAACGCCACAGUUAUGAACAAUACGACAGUGACUCCUUUGAUGAACAACACAGUUUUGAACAAUACGACAGUGAAUCCAUUGCUGAACAACACAGUUUUGAACAAUACGACAACGAAUCCAUUGCUGAACAACACAGUUAUGAACAAUGCGACAGUGACUCCUUUGAUGAACAACACAGUUUUGAACAAUACGACAGCGAAUCCAUUGCUGAACAACACAGUUAUGAACAAUGCGACAGUGACGCCUUUGAUGAACAACACAGUUUUGAACAAUACGACAACGAAUCCUUUGCUGAACAACACAGUUAUGAACAAUGCGACAGUGACUCCUUUGAUGAACAACGCCACAGUUAUGAACAAUACAACAGUGACUCCUUUGAUGAACAACGCCACAGUUAUGAACAAUACGACAAUGAAUCCAUUGCUGAACGACACAGCUAUGAACAAUGCGACAGUGACUCCUUUGAUGAACAACACAGUUUUGAACAAUACGACAGCGAAUCCAUUGCUGAACAACACAGUUUUGAACAAUACGACAGCGAAUACAUUGCUGAACAACACAGUUAUGAACAAUACGACAGUGAAUCCAUUGCUGAACAAUACAGUUUUGAACAAUACGACAGAGACUCCUUUGAUGAACAACACAGUUAUGAACAAUGCGACAGUGACUCCUUUGAUGAACAACACAGUUUUGAACAAUACGACAGCGAAUCCAUUGCUGAACAACACAGUUUUGAACAAUACGACAGCGAAUCCAUUGCUGAACAACACAGUUAUGAACAAUGCGACAGUGACUCCUUUGAUGAACAACACAGUUUUGAACAAUGCAACAGCGAAUCCAUUGCUGAACAGCACAGUUUUGAAUAAUACGACAGCGAAUCCAUUGCUGAACAACACAGUCAUGAACAAUGCGACAGUGACUCCUUUGAUGAACAACACGGUUUUGAACAAUACGACAGCGAAUCCAUUGCUGAACAACACAGUUUUGAACAAUACGACAGUGAAUCCAUUGCUGAACAACACAGUUUUGAACAAUACGACAACGAAUCCAUUGCUGAACAACACAGCUAUGAACAAUGCGACAGUGACUCCUUUGCUGAACAACACAGUUCUGAACAAUACGACAGCGAAUCCAUUGCUGAACAACACAAUUAUGAACAACGCCACAGUUAUGAACAAUACGACAGCGAAUCCAUUGUUGAACAACACAGUUAUGAACAAUGCGACAGUGACUCCUUUGAUGAACAACACAGUUUUGAACAAUACGACAGCGACUCCUUUGCUGAACAACACAAUUAUGAACAACGCCACAGUUAUGAACAAUGCGACAGAGUCUCCUUCGCUGAACAACGCCACAAUUUUGAACAAUACGACAGCGACUCCUUUGCUGAACAACACAAUUAUGAGCAACGCCACAGUUAUGAACAAUACGACAGAGUCUCCUUUGCUGAACAACGCCACAAUUUUGAACAAUACGACAGCGACUCCUUUGCUGAACAACACAGUUUUAAACAAUACGACAGUGAAUCCUUUGAUGAACAACGCAACAGUUUUGAUCAAUACAACAAUGACUCCUUUGCUGAAUAACACAGUUUUGAGCAAUACAACAACGACCCCUUUGUUGAACAAUGCCACAGUUUUGAACAAUGCGACAGCGACUCCUUUGUUGAACAAUACCGCAAAAAUGGACAAUAUAACGACUCCACUGAUGAACAAUACCACAGCGGCGACUCCUCCGCUAAAUGAGACCGCGAUGGUGACUUCUUUGACAAACAGCACCACAAAAGAGAAUAAUUUGACGACUCGUUCAAUGGACAAUGUCGCUGAAGUCAACACUACCACAGGGAUGACUCCUCUGAACAGUGCCACAGUUGUUCCCCUGCUGAACAAUACCAUGGUGGUGACUACUUCGCUGAACAGUAGCACAGAAGUGAACGCUACUACAGCCAUGACUCCUUUUCUGAAUGCUACCACGCUGGUACCUCCCUCAUCAAAUAACAUCACGGAACAGAGUAGUUCAGCCCCGUUGAAUCACUUGAACAAUACCAUGGACCAGAACAGUACCACGGCGGUGACUCCUGACCCGAUCAAUACAUCAGACCAGACCGUCCCAACAGUGAUGACUCCUCUGCUGAAUGAAACCAACGGACAGAACACCACCACAGUCGUGACGCUUUUGCUGAACAGUACCACAGUGAAGAGUGUGAGCAAUACCGAUGACAUGACACCUCUGGCGAACACUACCACAGCGAAGCUUUCCUUUCAGAAUGCAACCGCCACGAAUCCCCCAUUCCUGAACACCACGGCAGAAAGUCCUACGUCCGUGAACCUGACAAAUAACCCUCUUUUGGGUGGCUGAUGAUGCUACUACUCAGUCCAAGAAUUUGCCAAGAACUAAAGAACCCGAAACUACAUCGCCAGGGAAUCGGAAUGGAACGAUUGCCUCCACGAGUGACCUUACUGACAACAGGAAAGAAGUUACUGAAACAUUUCGUGAAUAAACUGAAUCCUUACUUCAGGAUAAUUUUAUUGAAGCCACAGUUUUAGAUCAUGAAAACUUUACAGAAGCCGCUUUUCAAGAAGAAGAAAAAAAAAACAUUUUGAUCCACGGGACCCUCACUUUCAAAGAAUUUAUAGAAAGAAUUACUAAAGUUUCAAAGGAGGAAGUUAGUGAGGUGUAAACUGCAGAUCUAGUUGAAGACUUUUCAGAAGCUACACCUUCAAAUGGAAAAAAAAAACUUACUGCAGCCGCUUCAGAUAUAGAAAGACUUCCUAAAUCCACUUCAGAUAUAGAAAAAAAAUGUUGAAUCCACAACAGACAACAAGCCACAAGCCCUGGCUUUGAGAAAAACACUGAAACCAAAAAUCUGUAAAAAAAACAAACAAACAAGUGUAGCAACAACUUUUGGUUCAGUAAAAAAGUUACUAAGUACGUAAAUGUUUCAGUAUCCAUAUCAGGCACAGAUAAAAUGACUAAAGCCUCAUCAUUUUAUCUAGACAAUUUUACUGAAAUUUCACUUUCAGACCAAGAAACAGUUACUAUUCACACAAAUUCGGACCUAGAAAAUAUCUCUUCGUCACCAGACCAUUAAAGAGCAAUGAAGUGAAAACUCGUGAACUAGAAGCUGAAGCUGAAAUCCAUAGCUAUUAAAAAGGUCAUUGAGGCUUCAAACUCUAAUCUAGGAAAAGCUAGCGUAGAAGAUUUUUGAAGAUACCACUGAAAUCACAGCUUCAGGUCUAUCAAAAAUUACUCUGGCCACAAUUUCAGAUUUAGGAAAAGCCACUGAAGCCAUUUCUGAUCUAGAAAAUUAUUUAGAAAAAUAUGCUGAUGCUAUAACUUCUGACAUAACGAAUGUUAUGGAAGCCUCAUAUACAGAAAAAAAAUAUCAGAAGCAGCAACUUCAACUAUAGAAGAAUGUUAUCAAGGUGUAGAAAAUGUCACUGAAAUUUCAGAAUCAGACCUAGGAACAUUUAGUAGUGAUAUAACUUCAGAUAUAAAAAACUAACACUUUAGGUCCAGGAUAUGCAAGUAAACUUCAGUAUCAGUUAUUGAAAAUGUAAUCGAAGCCUCAACUUCAGAAUUAUCAGUAAAACUUCAGCUUCACUUCCAGAAAUUGCAAAUGAUUAAUGAAUCUUCAACUUCCGGAAUCUAGAUAAUAUCCCUGAAGCUUCAACUCCAGACCUAGGAAUUUUCAGUAAAACUUCAGCUCCAGCUCAACGGAAUAACACUGAAACUACGGCUUCAGAUAUGAGAAACGUGAAGCAACACCUUCAGAUCUUCAAAAUGUCAGAAAAGGGGUGAAAUAUACUGAAACCACAACUUCAGAUCUUGAGGACACUAAAGCCCAUGUUUAAAAUGAUAAAAAAUCACUGAAUCUUCAAAGUUAAGUCAAGAGAAAUCACGAUAGAUCUGUAAAUAUAUCAAAUUUAUAUACAGUUAAACCUUCACUCAGAAUAUAGAUGAACAUGGAAAUGAUACUGAACUUAAAACUUAUGAUCUAGAAAUUGUUCCUGAAGCCACAACUCAAAUAAAAAAUGAAAGCUUUAACUUCUCACUUAAAAAACAUAAAGGCUAUGAAUUUAUACCAUUAUCUUGUCCCAAAUUCGUAAUAAUCAGAUAAUCAACUUAACUAAUAGGAAUAUUCACGGAGGAAAAGAAAAAAAUGUUGAAAGGAAAAGUUCGUUGACGGUCAUAGUAAAUACAAUGAUGUCCUCUAUAACUGCAAAUUCACAGACCACGAAUCUUCAUCUUCGCCAACAUUAUGAGGAAUAUAUGCUGGAGAAAAAAAUGGAUAUCGCGAAGAGGUAUUGUCUUUAUGAUGAUUUAUUUCAUUGAUAAGGAGAGCACAAAUUGGUUAAAUUUUACAAGAAUAAUGUUCAUCAAAAUAUCGUGGACUAUGAAAGAAUUGGUAUUGGUUUACGUGGAUAGUACAACUGUGCAUACAUUUUCUUGUACAUAUGUGUGGAUAUGAUAAGUACAUAAAAAAUGAUAUUAUGAAAAGUGAAAUAUAUCUUGUGCUUAUGACUCUGAACCUAAAAGAGUAAUGAUUUUUUUGUGCAAUAAAGCUUAAUUCAUAAUGAAGAAAUUGCUAUAUUUUAAAAUUGCACAGCAUUCAUAAAAUACGAAUAAUGAAAAAAUCUAUAUUGAACAAUUGUAUAAUUUUUAAUAUGUUCUAUGUAAAAAAAAGAAAAUCGCAAGUAUACGAAUCUUAAGGAAGAUAUAAUUUUCUGUUACACAACACAAAGGUAAAACACGGUGAGCUGUAGGACAUAUCUCAAAAAAAAAUAUUCCACAGUUUUGGACUUUGUUCAGGGUAGACAAUGAGAGAUAAAACAGAAUAUGUAACAAGAAGUGAUAAUGAUACAGUUUAUAUUACUGGUGGCAUUCCUUUAUUCAUGAAUAUCACAUAUGUUUGGUGAAGCUACAACAGUGUGGUGAUCUCACCCUCACACGGUCAGCCGGGGGGAGAGGGGGGAGGGAGAUAGAGAGAGAUAGAGAGAAAUAGAUAGAUAGAGAGAGAUAGAGAGAGACAGAGAGAAAUAGAUAGAUAGAGAGAGAGAGAUAGAAAUAGAUAGAUAGAGAGAGAUAGAGAGAAAUAGAUAGAGAGAGAGAGUGAGAGAGAGUGAGAG